AUGCGGCGACCGCUAGCACACGCCUUCUACCUUGCAGUCUUUGCCCUCUUCGGCGGCGACUGUCAAGUACGUGCUACGGAAGCCCCACUUUCAAGCCCAGAUGUCUGCGCAGUGAGUACUUGUCGUAAUACCAAAUACAUUGCAAAACCAACUUAUAACGCUUUCCAGCUUGAGCCCAGGGCCAAGGUCUCGGACGCCUGCGCAUCAUACGCCGACCUCGACGGUCUGAACAAUCGUUUACAUCCCUACGUGCGGAACCUCGCGAACAAUACCGAUUUCUUCUCAUACUAUCGAUUGAAUCUCUACAACAAGAAAUGUCCGUUCUGGGACGACGAAAAUGGCAUGUGCGGGAACAGGGCAUGUGCUGUGAAUACGUUGGAGAAUGAGGAAGACAUACCACCCGUAUGGCGUGCCCGGGAGCUCAGUAAGCUGGAAGGACCGAAGGCACAACAUCCUGGGAAGAAGCAGCAACGAGAACUGCAAAGACCGUUGUUGGGGGAGCUGGGUGACAGUGUUGGGGAAAGCUGUGUGGUGGAAUACGACGACGAGUGCGACGACCGCGAUUAUUGCGUUCCGGAGGACGAAAGCGCAAGCGCGAAGGGAGACUAUGUCAGUCUAUUGGACAAUCCGGAGCGGUUCACUGGGUAUUCUGGAGACGGAGCGCACCAGGUCUGGGAGGCCAUUUACCAUGAGAAUUGCUUCUCUCGCCCCUCGAAUGGCGAAGGAGGAGGUAACUCGCCGGGGUUCUCUUCAACGCCGUUCGACUUAUCAACGGACCAGGUGCAGGCAGCCCAACAAUUCAAGCAGGUGAUGAAGUCGCACGAGAAGCAACAGGCAAUCAAAUCCGGUAUGGCCCCUGAAACUCUGGAUUUUGAGGACGAGUGCUUGGAGAAGAGAGUAUUCUACCGGGUUAUAUCUGGCAUGCAUGCAUCGAUCUCGACGCAUCUGUGUUACGAUUACCUCAAUCAAACCACAGGCGAGUGGGGUCCGAAUGUUGAGUGCUACAAGGAACGACUGCAUACGCAUCCAGAACGGAUCUCGAAUCUCUACUUCAACUAUGCGCUGCUUUUGCGGGCGGUUGGAAAGCUACGAGACUACGUCCAGGACUACACCUUCUGCACUGGCGAUCCGCCACAGGACGUGAAGACUAAGAAAAUGAUUACCAGGCUAGCGGACGCCAUUCCACCUGGACCGAAAAUCUUCGAUGAAAGCGUCAUGUUCCAAGACCCGACAUACGACGGCCUCAGCCUGAAGGAGGACUUCCGCAACCGAUUCCGCAACGUGAGUAGGAUCAUGGACUGUGUUGGCUGCGACAAGUGCCGACUCUGGGGAAAGCUGCAGACCAAUGGCUUUGGAACGGCGCUCAAGGUGCUUUUCGAGUUCGGCAAUGGUCAGGAGGGUCAGGAGAAGCCACUUCUUCGGCGGACGGAGCUCGUGGCGCUGAUCAACACACUCGACAAGAUCAGCUCGGCUUUGAAAGCGCUGCAGCACUUCCGAGUCAUGGUUGCGGCUGAGAUGGCAGGCAAGCUAGUGGAGACGGCCGAUGUCACACCCCCAUCAUCAUCGCCUGCGCGGGAAGCGGUACCGAACUUUGAAGAUUUAGACGAGCUGGACGACUUUGAAGAUCACCAGUGGCCUGAGACGGAGUACUCGGAGAGCAUAUCCGAUGCGUUUUGGGAGGAGCUUGAUCUCAUCUUCCGAGCGUACAAGUUCGUGCUGAAGAGCUGGAUCAUGAUCCCGCUGAGCGUGCCCAGCAUUCUGGCCUCUGAGCUCACACGACUGUACGAUUUCUGGCUUGGCCGACCGGUACGGCCGCGGACGUGGAAGGUCCAGUUCCCAAGCAAGGAAGACCUUUUCCGCAAGGACGACGAGUUAUGA